ACCUAAUCGUUGAUAUUAAUUUUCAAAUUUUGAUUUACUGUCUAGUUACAGCUGUGUGACAUCGAUUGUGUAUUUGUGAAGACAUGAGUCAAUUUAAACGUGACAACGUGAUGACGGGACAGUUGCCGGACGACUUCCUGCGCCUCGGCGGCGAAUCCGUGUCUACAACGUUCGUUUCCCCGCCCGGAACGGGUGUGGCCGCCUCGUUUACGACGCAGAACCGAGGAGGAACGACGAGUCAGACUUUCACUUAUGCGGGACCGACAAGCGGCGUGUUGUCUGUCACAGUAGCGCAGAGCCGUUUGGCUAAGAAUUAUGGCUUGACAAAGAUGGACCCGUACUGUCGUAUCAGAGUUGGUCACAACGUGUAUGAGACACAGACGGCACAGAAUGGAGGGAAGAAUCCAGUGUGGAACAAAACGAUCAGUUGCUACGUCCCACCAGGAUGCACCACGUUGUACAUUGAAAUGUAUGACGAGUGUGCUUUCUCUGUUGACGAGCGUAUUGCAUGGACAAUGGUUGAGAUUCCAUCGAGAGUUUUGGAGGGAGAGCUGGUCGACGAUUGGUAUCCCUUGAGUGGACGACAGGGAGAUGAGAAGGAAGGUGUAAUCAAUCUGAUAUUGGAGUACAGAACACAACCGGCUCCUCAGUCGUUUCAGAUGUAUCAUCCAGUGAUGGUUAUUCCACCAACGAUGCCAGCCGCUCAAGUUAUGUACACAGGUGGUGUAAACAUGAUGCCUGCUCAAGUCCCAAUGCCCGCUCAAGUCCCAAUGCCCGCUCAAGUCCCAAUGCCCGCUCAGCCACCUGUCGGCAAUGCUCCAUCGCCUCACCCAACGAGAGCCGAAGCCGUCACACAGGAGAACGUGCAGAACCUCAAGGACAUGUUCCCUGCGAUCGAACCCGACGUCAUUCGUUCGGUGCUGGAGGCGAGCGGUGGCCACGUCGACGUCGCCAUCAACAACCUGCUGGCCAUGAACGGAUAAGUCACGUGAUAUGUCACAUGACUUAACACGAAACUGUGUCUGCAGUUUUGCGUUGGCGUUAGUGAGAUAAAUGCUGCUGCUCACAUUGAUUGGUUAGCGAAGUGACUUUGUAGGUGUCCGUGUGUACAAGUGUAGGUCUCUCAUCAUUGACUGCUGGAUUGGGUGAUGUGAUGAAAUUUUCGUGUUUCUGAUUUGAAGCAAUUGUCGAGUGAUGA